AUGGCACCCCAAGCACGUACCAAUCACCGCAUUUAUGCCUCCAACUCGAGCACUUAUGGGUUCCGGCUCGUCGAUAGCGAUCACACGAUGGAUACGUUGUCGAGUCAAGGCAGGAAUUCCAUCUACAAGAUGAAAAUUGACUCGAUGUUCGAUGAUUCCAGAUCAAUAAUCAGUCAACGUUAUGAUGACGGGAUGCGACACAGACGACGAUCCUCCUCAAAUUACGGCAGCGGCAGCAUGAGAUCGACACGUUCCAGCAACAACAGCACGAGUGUCGGGCAUCACUCGUCAAAUUCCUCGAAUCGCGUGAGCAACAGUGUGCAAGCGCAAAUCGAACGGAUGUUCAGUGAUGUCGAGAACGAGACUGUGUCAUGUAGUUUUGCGGUGCGCUGUUUGGGCUCGUUGCCCCUAAAAGAUAAAGUUACGAGUUUAAGUGGGCUGCAAGAGCCAUUACGACAAUUGUACCUGACUGGAGCGGGAGUUCAUGGCAAUCAAAAUGCGGGAACAUUGGAAAUUUGUCCUUCGGGUCUCCGGAUUAAGAUGACGAACAAUCGCAACACAAUUAUUACGCCCUUUUCGAAUAUUGCGGUAUGGUCUGCCGUGAAAUUCGUCGUUUCGCAAAGUGAGGGCGGCGCAGCUUUCUUGCCAUUGAUCACAGAUCCUGAAAAUAUCGAUAAAAGUUGUCUUUUUAGGCCAUUAAAUGCUGCUGACAAACGACGCCUUUCCUCGGGCAUUCACUCCCCCUUGUUUGCUGUCGUCAUGCGAUCGACGGAUAACGCUCGACAAUUGGAAUGCCAUGCUUACGUGUGCCAAUCUCCCGAAACAGCAAUCGUGCUAGCAGCAACGUUAUAUCAAAGUUUAAUGGCGCACAUGAGUAACAGCAAGAACAACAGCAAGAAAAAGGUGAAAACGCACAACGGAAUAAGUCGCAUGAGUGUCGCAAGUAGCCAAGCAACGACAAAUUUGGUGCAAUCCAUUAAGCCGCCAUCAAUUUUGCGUUCAGACAGUCAAAAAUCAUCGAAAUAUGGAUCAGUUCAGGGCGGGCGACGCAAACGACGACCUACAAAUAGUUCUGUAGAUCAAGGAGGGCGAGAUAUUAUCCGAAGUGCCUUGAUCGAAGUGUCGAGCGAGGAGCGUUCGAAGAAGAAAUCGAGCAAAAGUCGUCGUGCGCCGCCAAUUCCGACAGAACCGCCCCCAGUAUUAUGUAAGAAAAUCUCAAUUGAUGCAUAUAACGCUUCCAUGUCGUAUUUGGAGAAAGAUCGCAAACUGCGGAACAAAACGUCUCCCGAAUCAGAAAUCUCAAAGGACAAAUCGCCGGCACUUUCUGAGAAACCCUUGCCCAAUGCAACCGAGAGUACGGGAGAUAUUCUGACAAAAGUGGCCAUUCCUCGUUCGGGCAGCUUCCUCAAUACCGGAGGACUUACGAGAUACAAGUCGAAGAACAACCGACGCAAUUUGAAAGGAAGUCCCACGAGUUUAGGAGGCGGCGGAGGAGGAUCUCCCCUCGGAUUCAGCGAACUUUUCCAAGAAUUCCGUCUUCAGGAGAAUCUUCAUUCGUUGGAUGAGAUUUUAAAUGCGAUCAUUAACACAGAUGGCAUGUCUUACAACAACUUGAAGCCCAUUUACAAGGAAUUUUUGUUAAAAUUGGCGGUUACAUUGACAAAAGAUGAAUUAUAUCAACGUUCUAAAAGCAUCAUGAGACGACAGAAGAAGAAAAAGGUUAAGAAACAGAAAAAACAACAGACGAAACGCAAAUCGUUCGUAAGUGUCAUCGGACUGAAGCAAGUCUUCAAAUUUGGGCAUUUUCGGAACGGUAAAGCGACAAAAGACUCCAAAAUCGUCGUUAAAGCGAAGGGAAAAGGGAAAGCGCAUCACUUUCGUUCUGUCACAAGCGGAUCAGAGGUAUCAGUGGUUGGGCGUCAUGAGCAUACCAUAAGCGGGCAACAUCGGAAUAGCUCAAGCGGUUAUGUUUCGUGUUCCGAAUGCAGUUACGACUCAGAUGCGUGCACAUGCGCAAGUGCGGAUCGUUGUUACUGCAGCAUGGGCGGCGAUAGUCACAACGAGUUGCAUGCCAAACUGACAAAAUGCAAAUCGACAAAUUCCGGUACGAGACGUGAUUCACUACCUUCAUGCAAUUCCGAAGAUAAGUGUUAUUGCUCGAUGCCAGAAUCGUCGGCGGCGAGCACAUGCAGCUCUGAUAGUUGCGCGAGCGCCGACAAAUGCUAUUGUGCCGUUGUCCGCAAAAGUACAAGCAGCAAAAAUAACAGUAACAGUAACAAGGAAUCAAAGUGUGCCAAUAAUUUGUCGUUGGACUAUGAGCUUUUUACGACGGGCGAUGGAUCGCGACAUGUGAAGCCGGUUGAGGCGUUGAGUGUGAAGAAAAGCGUCGAAGCAGCUGCCUUGUUUGCUGACAUCAAAUUGAGCCAAACGACAGACAUUAAGAACUUGGGAGGCGGCAAAAAGGAUAAAAAGCAGAAGAAAAGUGACGCAAAAGUUGAGGAAAAAAAGCAGAAAAAGGACGGAAAGCGAGACAGCAAAGAAAUUAAUACGUCGAUAAAAUCAUCGUCGUCGGAAGUCGUUUUGCGACGCAACGAACAUCAGAAAAAUGCCCUUCAAAUCACAAAAUCUAAUGGAUAUUAUCAGACAAUACCACCUAGACCUAUCAGUACCUCCCUCGAAGACUCGUUGGGAUAUUUGCCUUGA